AUGUCAACAUCAGAGAACACAACAACUGCUAUCGUUCAUGAAGCCAUAAAUGAAGAAUAUGAGUACAUACAGUUUAACAAACAACUCCGUCUCAUUCGUUCGGUCAAAGACGAUAUGUACCAAAUGCAAAGUAUUUUGACAGCAUGUUUUGCUCCAGACACUAAACACGCAGACGACUGGUUCAAAAACCAAAGCACACAAGAACUUUUGAGUGAAAUUUCUCUAGACCGACUUUUUUCGGUCUUGCAUAAAACACAUGAAAAUCGUAAAAAUUUGCCAAUAAAUUUAAGAGGAUAUUAUGUACAUAGACUUUUAGUAAAUGCAGUUGCAAUGUGGGCUUCUCCUCGUUAUGCAUGGCAUGUUUACAGACUUCUUGACGAAAUUCAUAGACAAGAACGUGAAGAGAUGGAAAAGAAACUUCAAGCAAAAGAUGAAGUCAUUGAAGCAAAAGACAAAAGCAUUCAGAAAAGAAUACCACGUUCGGUACCAAAAGGAAAGGAAAAGAACUAUAAGUAUAUGAUUUAUACUGAAGAGAUGGAAAAUGAAGAAGAUAAAGAUAUGGUUAUGUUGCAUUUAGUCAGAAGAAACAACAAAAGCUUUUACGACCUUGCUAAGAUUUACAAA